UAAUAAUCAUCAAUAUUAUUUAUUUAAAGUGCUGUUGAUCGAUCGCCGCCAACAGUUGAUUUUCAGUUUACCGUUAGGCAAACCAGAGAACUUGAAUACAAUCGCAACUCUUCUAUCGGUUAGGUGCGUUCAACCGAUUCAUGUGAACAGAAAACGAUUUCUAAAAUGGCUAGCGCACACGACAUGUCGUGUUGGAUUCUAGCCGCUUUCCGUCGUCUAACCAAUGAAUAAGGUUAUUACCAACCAGUAUUUGGCCGCUUCUGGCCGAUAGACAUUGAGAAAUUUGGAGACGCAAACAACUUAUUCUCCCGUUUAUUUUCUACAAAGCAAAUACAUAUACACUUUUUUAUUUGAGAGAAAGACGGGAAAGAGAAAUAAAUAACUUCAAGAUGUGUAAACGAAGUAAUGCGUAGUGCUUAAGACCAAAUUUUCUUUUCUUAUUUUUCUUGUUUCGUGAUAUGCAUGUCUGUGAUAAGGCAAAAUUAAAAAAAAAAAAAACUACCAAAAACAUAUUUAAGUAAAGAGAGAACACACAGCAAUAAAAUGAUAACACGCACGCUGACAAACCUUAAAGAUACUAACUAUAACCAACCGUUUGAUGUCAUAGUAAAAACAGAUCUUUAUGCGAUGUUUACUUAAAAUAUUGCGUUAUAGCGCAAAACACAAAAGUUUGUCACCAAAGUUGUGCACGGAAAAAAUUAACAAAAAAUAUUGUUUUGUUCAUUAGUGAUACCCUUCUAAAAGUGUUUGCUUAGCUGUGCAAGAGAGUAAAAACCAUAAUAAUGUUAACCGAAUUUGCCGGAAAUUUAGCUCAUCAUUUAGAAUUUGGCCAUGCCCUAGAGAUUGUCGCAAAGACUGUCGAUAGUGCUUCAAAAUUUCAUAUAUCCUUAGUAACGGAAAAAACAGUUAUAAAUCCCAAUGCCGACGUGGGUUUACGAUUUUCGAUAUAUUUCCGUGAUCAUUGUAUAGUGCGUAAUUCCCGUAUUAACAGCGAAUGGGGCGAAGAAGAAAUAAAGGACAAUCAAAAUGCUUUAUCGAAUCCCAUAAGACCAGGGGAGUUUUUUAUGGUUUACAUAUUAGCAUGCGAAGAGAAAUUUCAUAUAUCGAUUAACAGCCGGCCAUUUUGCACGUACCGAUAUCGCGUUCCUUUGGAAUUGUUGAGAGCUUUAGAAAUAAAAGAUCAGAUCCAAGUUAUUAAACAAAUCGAUCAUCGUACAGUCUUUCCAAAUCCUUGGCCAGCUAUACAUGCUUCAGAUUACUUUAAAGCAUUUAGUAAUGAUGUUCCUAUACUAUUUUGCCCUGGUCAUGUUAUUGUAAUAACAGCACGUUGUUUUGGUAACAAAAAAGGACAAUUUAUCAUCAAAUUCAUGGACUCAGAUACGAAAAGAGAAGAAUUACAUUUCAGUGUAAGAUUCGAUCAACAAACAGUGGUACGAAAUUCAUUGAAUAAAAACUUUGAAUUUGGCCCGGAAGAGCGUCAUGGUGGCUUUCCCUUCAUUUUUAAUCAACAAUUUAAACUUGCCAUAGCAUUUACUGAUAAAGAAUUUUUAACAGCUUUAGAUGGUUGCAAUUUUUGUAGUUAUGCCUAUCGAACGCCGAAUAUAUUACAAAACCUUGUGGGUUUCAAAAUCACUUGCAUUAACGGCUUGCGAAUGCAUGUGACCGGUGUUGAUCACGUGAAGUUAAUUGAUGCUCUCUGCACGGGUUUUGAGAAAUAUUCCCGAGUUGAUUAUGAAUGUGCUUAAUUAAAUUUCUUGCCGUAAUGUAAAUAAAGUGCCUAAUAAAGUGCUUUUCACUUACAUUUCCUGGUGCUGUAACGUCAUUACAAAAAUAACAGCC